UUCUUUUUUCGAAUUCCAUUCUUCUUGAUUAGAUAUUGACUUUUGUUUCGGCUUCCUAAGAUAAAGAAAUUCUCUGAUCCCGCUGCAUAUUCCAGCGCGAUCGGUUGAUUUUCUUUCGGUUUCUAAUCUUCCUUGAAAUACCCACUAUAAUUUUGUCACGAAUUAGGCCUUAGAUUGUGUAAUCAAGAAAAGUGUGAAUUGUUUGUGACGUGGGUUCAUAGAGUUAUUCUGUGUCUUGUCUGAAAUGGGUUUUUCGUUUUAGUUUCAAGAAUUUGCUUUGAGGUGGUUUUUUUGAAUGUGCAGAAAUUCUUGUGUUUUGUUGCUUGGGGUGGUGGUGCUGUGAAAAAGUUGUAAAUGGGUGAGCAUUUGGUGGUGAAUGUGGACCAGCUGCCAAAGCCUGAGGCAGUUGGACCUAGCGAACCGGUUCCUUGGGCGAUGGAAUUUGCACCCACUGGAAAGAAGCCCGAAUUGGUGGGGUCCUCGUCAUCCACGGCAUCAGAAGAUGAUAAGGUGGUGGUUGUGGUGGACAAUGAUGAUGCUGAUGAGAAGGCGCCCCUGAUAGGGAUGGGGGAGUGCCGAAUUUGCCAGGAGGAGGAUUCUCUCAAAAAUUUGGAGAGCCCUUGUGCUUGCAGUGGAAGUCUUAAGUAUGCUCAUAGAAAAUGUGUUCAGCACUGGUGCAAUGAGAAGGGAGAUAUUACUUGUGAGAUCUGCCAUCAGCCAUAUCAGCCAGGUUUUACUGCCCCUCCACGACCUCCAUCUGAUGAGGCUAGUGUUGAUAUUGGGGGAGUAUGGCAAAUUUCAGGUGCUCCUCUGGAUAUGCAUGAUCCUCGCCUUCUUGCAAUUACAGAGGCUGAACGCCAGUUGUUUGAAGCUGAUUAUGAUGACUACAAUGGUGCAAACAACAGCGGCACUGCCUUCUGCCGCUCAGCUGCUCUAAUCUUGAUGGCUCUUCUGCUACUGAGGCAAGCUCUUUCUGUUACUGAUGAUGGAGAUGGCGAAGGAGAUGAUGAUGCAUCAACUCUCUUCUCUCUAUUCUUGCUUCGAGUAGUUGGUUUCCUUUUGCCUUGCUACAUCAUGAUCUGGGCCAUCAGCAUCUUGCAGCGCCGUAGGCAAAGACAGGAGGCUGCAGCUCUGGCAGCAGCCCGCUUUGCAAUAGUGGUUCAAGCAGCACAAAGCAGAGGUCUCCUUGUCGCCCCAGCUGCACCAGCAGUCGUUUCACAGCCUGAUCCUCGCCUGGGACGUGUUUGAUCAAAUAACAGUUUCUCUAUUGGCCAUCUGACAUUGAGUUUCUUUCAUUCUGUUCCAUCUGUAUAUACUGUCUUCAGAGCAUCAUCCACCAGUUUGACAAUGGUUAUUCUGUCGAACAACCUAAAAUCAGUCAAAACUGUUUAGUUAAUGGUACCUUUUUCUUUUGUGUAAUAUAACCUUUGCCAGUUGGUUCAAUUUUUACCUCUACCGUA